AAUAAAAAGUCCAUCCCAUGUGUUAGUGAAUUUUUAAAUAUUUUAGGCAGGAAAUGAGUUUUCAAAUUUUGAUAUUUUUCUAGGUUGGGACACCCUAGAAGAUUUGGUCCCCCCCAAUGUUGACUCCAUGGCUACGGCCUUGUCCUGUUUGCUAAGGUGGCUGAUGUUGGAAACAUUUUGUUUGUUAUUUGUUUUCUGAGAAUCUACAUCCGUCAUUUUUCACCCUGAUCUGGCAACACUCAUGAAUGUUGAUCUCACUGCAUACAAAUCUGAGGGAUGAUUAUUGUAUUAAUAUUAGCAAUUUCCAGUGAUUUAACCAUAGCAUCCCCGAUAGAAUUGGUCAUUAACAAAUAAGAUAAAAAAAACAAUAACCACAAGCCACGUCAAGCAGUUGAAAGCACAUUGUAAAGUCAGUAAAUACUGUGCUGAGCUUCAGUACAUCGUUCCCGUGCGCUGUGUGAGGAAGACAAAACAACACCUCGUGGCACAGCUACGACGGGAGAUUGCUACACCAGAUGGCUUCCUCGGUGAGGCGUUCCAUGAGACCGAUACCGAGCACCACCCAGGGCACACGCGGUCCCGUCUUCGCAGUCUUUUAUUUCCCUUGCACUGUUGUUUCCUUCGCCUCCACUUCUAGCGGGUACCUCUGAGAAUUUCAGAAAGGAUCUCAAAUGUCAGGCGCACGGCGAAGAUGGCCCCUAUAAAUAAACGCACCACUGGCGGCGAAACUGAGAUGACCCGACGGCGUCACUUCCACUCCCAACCACGCGCUGGAAAAAUAAACACUCGGUGUAAACACAUGCCCGAACCAGUGUGGACGCGCAUAACACAGACACGUGACGUGCCGCGAUUGUGCGGUUCAGAUUGCCCAGAAGGCAAGGGGUCCCGUGGUCCGUAUAUAACGACGCCGCAUCAGACGGCGCCAGCAAACUAAGUAGCUGAGCACACAGCCACACACAGGACCAGAGAGCCCAGCGGAGGGCCAAUCGUCUUUAAAGAAGCCCUUUUUCGCCUGCGUAUCCCCCCGAGGUGCAAGCGUCGGAAUCUUGACAAGUUUGCGGGGGAGCGAGGAGCCCGGGGUUUUUUUUCAAGAUCAGGAUGCGUGCCCUGCAAUGAACUCCCAAGAGUUCACCAGCACCAGAGGAACUCUUCCCCGAGCGCCACAUGACACAAGCAAGAACAGAACACGCAUAGAAAUAACACCAUAAAGCCAUUGAGUACAAUUUUAUUGUAGAAUAAAUACUCUUCACUUGGAACCCUUGGAGUGAGGAGUGUAACAUUACCUCGUGUCAGAGAACGUUCCAGAAACAUGACUUCACAGAACUACUUCUGAGGUCCCUUCGAUAGACGUGUCGCCCAGACUACUUGGGACACUUUGGUGCACGGUAGUUUCCAGCAGUGAGUCAAGCCACCGUGAACGAGACAAUGGAGGCACAGCCACCGCCUGCGUCUCCCACUCCCCCCGCGUCUAUCAUCACGGACAUCUGUAGUGUCUCCACGGACGACUCGUGCCACGGGUGCCCGGAGACCUUCGUCUUCCGCUCGUCUUCCCCGGCCUUGGAGCUGCUGCCUCAGAUGAACGAGUUCCGUCUGCAGGGCGUCCUCACCGACAUCUCCUUGCGCUGCGGCGCUGCCGAAUUCCGCUGCCACCGUGUCGUGCUGGCCGCCUGCUGCCCCUACUUCCGGGCGAUGUUUGCCCACGGAUUCCGCGAGGGGCUUGAGGACUCGGUGCGGCUGGGCUCCGUGUCGGCCCGCACCCUCGCCUCGCUCCUCGACUUCGCCUACACGGGUGAGGUGUCCAUCUCGGAGGAGAAUGUUGGCGAGCUGCUGCAGGCCGCGUCCAUGCUGCACUUCAGGGAGGUGGAGGGGGCCUGCUGCUCGUUCCUCGAGCGCCGGCUCAGUCCCCAGAACUGCCUGAGCCUCAUGGCGCUCGCCGACACUUUCGGCUGCCCGGGGCUGUGCGCCAGGGCGCGGGCGAUGGCGCUGAGCCGCUUCAGGGAGGUGGCGGAGAGCGGCGCGGCACUGGCGCUCACGGGGGAGGAGCUCGCGCGCUACCUGGAGGACGACCAGCUGUGUGCGGACGAGGAGACCGUCUUCCAGACCAUCGUGGCGUGGGUCCGGCAUGACCCGGGCAGUCGGCUGCAGCACCUCGAGCGACUCUUCAUGAAGGUCCGGCUCGAGUACGUGGACCCACAGUUCUUGGCCGUGUUCGUGGCCCGCGAUCAGCUGGUGCGUGCAUCUCCCCCGUGUCGCGCCCGCGCCGACAACGCCGUCGCCAAAUUGACAUCCCCGCAAUACCACCAGCGCCACAACAACCGUCACAACUCCGAGGAUGGUUCUUCCUCCUCCUCCUCUUCGCCGCCCGGCUGCUCCUCACCGCCUCCACGCCACUGCUUCCUGCGUGAGCACCUGGUGGUGCUGGGUGGCCGCGCGGACGGCGCCCGCACCACGCGCUCCGUGCUGCUGCUGGAGACCGCCAUGCUCGAGGAGCGGCCACUCACCUCCUGGCUUAGCCUCCCCAAGCUGCCCGGGCGCUACCGCCAGCCGUCGGCCGCCACGUUGCACGGUGCCGUCUACGUUACGGGCGGGAUCCGCGUGGGGCCGGGGGCCUCGCUGGGGGCGCCGUGCACCGACGUGCACCGCUACUCGCCACGCGCCGCCGCCUGGAAGCCCGCGCCACCGCUGCUCGCGCCGCGGUACGGGCACCAGAGCGUGGCGGUGGGAAGCCGCCUGUACGUGCUCGGCGGCGUUGGCGGUGGGGGCGGCGCCAGCGGGGAGGCGGCACUGCUGUCGGUGGAGCGGUACGAGUCGACCGAGGGCGAGUGGCGCUGGGCAGCGCCCAUGCCCGUGGCCGUGGGGCAGCCGGCUGUGGCUGCGGUGCAAGGACGCGUCUACGUAAUCGGCGGAGAGGAGCUGCAGUCCAAGACGCCCGCGCGCAUCAUCCAGAUCUAUAACACAGAGUGCGACGCGUGGUUCAGACUGGAGACGCGGAUGGUGAAGAACAUCAGUGCCCCUGCUGUGGUCGUGGAUGAUAAGAUCAUCGUGAUUGGCGGCUACACGCGGCGCGUGCUCUCCUACGACCCGGCGUCGAACCGCUUCUCGCGGCUGGCCGACCUGCGGGAACGCCGCGCGCAUCACGCGGCGUGCGUCCUGGAUGGCCGCGUCCUCGUGUCAGGCGGCAGGGCCAUCACGCCCACGCCCAGCGUCGUGGACUCCGACUCGCUGGAGCUGUACGACCCAGCCGUGGACGCGUGGGCGCCCGCGGGAAGACUGCCGUACCGCCUCUUCCACCACUCGUGCGUCACCCUGCGCAGCCCCCUGCUCCUAUUCGACGGCGCCACUUGAGAAUGUGAUCGCAGUGUCAGCCGUGGUGUAAAGUUACAACAAUUCAAGCGCCUGGGAAGCUCAAGCAGGACGCACGGAGGGCUGGGAACGCCUCCCGCCAUUAGCCCCACCCACUCUUUAAUGGCCACGCCCACUCAACUGCGAGCCUGGCCCACACAGUGAGCAAGCCUCCUGCCCACUUUCUAACAUUGGCCCUGCUCCCUGCUCACAGGCCUCGCCUACUCCUUUGCCAGCCUUGCGCACAAAUCGGGCAGCCCCGCCCUUUGCUCAUGUCAUGAGUCGAGCGUGAGGCCAGGACAUUUGAGAUAUCCCGAUUUACGUAUGUGCUUCGAGACACGAGGACAUCCUUUCUAAAAUAAGGGAAUUCAUGGCAAAACCAGGAUGUUCAGCUAUUUUAAUGCAGUAGCACAGGUCUGUGACAUGACACUGCAUUGUGCAGAUGCCAUCGCUCGCUGUGAGACUCAAACUGAAACAAUGCAUAAUGGGCAGCAUAUUGCAGGACAGCAAGUGGGUUCCGGACCUGCCUGUAUGCCAUUUGAGAGUGUUUCUGUCGAAGAGGAAUUUGCCAAACAUCUGAAUGUAGGACCUGCCUGGCAGCAAUGUCUUGAGACAAAGUGAAGCUUUUCUAGAUAAUAAACAUUUGUCUCCAUUAUUAAUAUAGGAGUUAUAUUGUACACGUGGCGUUAUUGUUAUAUCCAAAAAUAAUUCAUCCAUGAUUGGAAUCGUCACUUUAAGUUAUGGCAAUCAAAUUGUAGUGUUUGUGGUGGUGGAGAAUCUUGACAUCACUGAUUCAUGUUAAACAAAUGUGUACACAAUAAUAUUGCUUACAAGUGGAGUAUGAUGAUAAAGUGCAGUGUUGUACAGUACAAACGUGACAGUGCGGUACUAUCACAUUCAAUGUUACAAGCGGAGUCAACAGUAUUUCGAUUUUCAGAUCAACAAACUUAUACUUUUGUCCAUUACGCAAGCACUCAGGUAUUGCUGAUAAAUAACGUAUGAACGACGCGUCCAUAUACAGUAUUGUGUAAUAAUGGAAUAGUUUGCACAUAGGUUAGAAUAGUUAA